AUCUGGAGGCGGAAUUUCAUCAAAAAUAUGUUUCCAUUGCAUUUUUGCAUUUUUCUUGUAAUUGUGAAUUUGUGUAAUGGUUCGGGAUAUUUUCAUUUACAAGUUAAUUCUGUAUCCAACCCGAGGGGAGAGAUAGCGGACGGGUCGUGCUGUAAUGGGGGUAGACAUGAUUAUAGGGGUACCUGCUCUGAGAAAUGUAAUACAUUUUUCCGGGUCUGCCUGAAGGAAUAUCAGGAACGAGUGACCACCACGGGCACCUGCACGUUUGGGAAUCAGUCUACGGUGGCUCUGGGUGGAAAUUCCUUUACUUACAGAAGUGGAAAUAGCAGAGCCAUGCUGAAAUUACCUUUUGAAUUUGCUUGGACGAGAUCUUACACAUUGAUGGUUGAAGCUUGGGACCAUUCCACUAAUAACGGAAUGGAUUCAUUGAUAGAAAGGGCAGCCCAGACAGGAAUGAUUCUACCAGGACAGGACUGGCACACAAUAAUUCAUACAGGACCCACGGCUAGUUUAGUAUAUAAAAUACAAGUGGUCUGUGAUGAACAUUAUUAUAAUACAACGUGUACUAAGUUCUGUAGACCACAUAACGAUAGAUUCGGACACUAUACCUGUGAUUCUAACGGUGAUAAGGUGUGUUUACAUGGUUGGAUGGGACAAGAGUGUGAAACAGCUAUCUGUAGGACUGGAUGUCAUGCUGUACAUGGUUCUUGUGAACGACCAGGUGAUUGCAGAUGUGCGUUUGGAUGGAAAGGAUUAAUGUGUGAUGAAUGUAUUCCGUAUCCUGGCUGUAGUCAUGGUUCCUGUAACGGAUCACCAUGGCAAUGUGUCUGUGAUCUGAACUGGGGUGGUAUAUUAUGUGAUAAAGAUCUGAAUUUUUGUGGCAGACAUCAUCCAUGUAAAAAUGGUGGAAUUUGUAGAAACACGAAACCUAAUGAGUAUCAGUGUUCUUGUUCUGAAGGUUUCUCUGGUAAGAGUUGUGAAAUAGCUGAAAGAGCGUGUUCCUCCAGUCCAUGUCGUCAUAAUGGAAUGUGUGUAGAUAUCGUCAGUGGUUUUGCGUGUAAUUGUCAACCAGGUUGGACUGGAAGAGCUUGUGAAACUAAUAUAAAUGAAUGUGAGUCCAAUCCCUGCCUUCACAAUGGUACGUGUCUAGACAAGGAGAAUCGAUACAUCUGUCUCUGUCCGUCUGGUUGGCAGGGUCCACAUUGUCAACUGGAUGCCAACGAGUGCAGUGGUAGUCCAUGUGUUAAUGCUUACGCUUGUCAAGAUUUAAGGGGAGACUACCAUUGUGAUUGUCAACCUGGCUGGACUGGAAAGAAAUGUGACAUCAAUAUUGAUGAUUGUAAGGAUGUAGAAUGUCAACACGGAGCUUCUUGUGUGGAUCUAGUGAGUGGAUAUUAUUGUUCCUGUUUACCAGGUUAUACAGGUAGUCUUUGUGAGAUUGAGAUAGAUGAAUGUUCCAGUAAUCCCUGUAAAAACGGCGCCACUUGUCACAACCAGUUGGCAUCGUAUCAAUGUGAAUGUCUAGCAGGAUAUACAGGCUACAAUUGUCAGGUAAGCUCCCUUAAAAAUUAUUUAUAUCCAUUACAGGUAGACAUUGAUCCAUGCAAUCCUAAUCCUUGUCAACAUGGAUCCAGUUGUUUCAAUAUCCAGGGAGAUUUUUAUUGUCACUGUCAACAUGGUUUUGAAGGUAAAGAUUGCUCCAGAAGGAAGACAACUUGUGAUUCAGAUACUUGUGAAGUUAUUGAUAGCUGUACCAUCUCCAUUCCAUCUAAUUUUUCUAAUGGAGGAUUUCGUCUGAUAUCAUCUAAUGUCUGUGGUAAACAUGGUCUGUGUAUCAGUGAGCCUAGUCAAGGGUUUUCUUGUGCUUGUGAAUCAGGAUACACUGGAACUUACUGUCAUGAAAAUAUUGAUGACUGUAUGAGCAAUCCCUGUCUGAAAGGUGCUCUGUGUAAUAUUAGUAAGUAUAAUCAUCUUUUCUGCACUGCCUGGUAUAGAUUUGAUAUCAAAGUUACAUUUUAUUCUUCAGAUAAAGAUGAUUGUUACCCGAACCCGUGUCGUAAUGGUGGACAAUGUAUAGAUUUACCAGCUCAGUUCCUCUGUCAGUGUAGAAAUGGUUGGAAAGGGAAAACAUGUACACUGCGUAACAGUAACUGUGAAGUAACAACGUGUGCUAAUGGAGGAACAUGUGUUGAUUUAGGAGAUACGUAUACCUGUAGAUGUCCUAGUGGUUGGACUGGUAAUAUGUGUCAACUAGCCUCAAUACAUAGUUGUGAUUCGUCACCAUGUGAGAAUGAUGGUACAUGUGUUAAUAGUGGUGAUAGUUAUACUUGUAUCUGUAAAGAAGGAUAUGAAGGCAAUAACUGUCAUAUUAAUAUCAACGAUUGUAAUCCAUUUCCUUGCUAUAAUGGAGGACGUUGUAUUGAUGGUAUUAAUUGGUAUGUUUGUGAUUGUGCUACUGGAUUUUCUGGUCCUGAUUGUCGUGUUAAUAUAAAUGAAUGUGCUUCUAAUCCAUGUACGUAUGGUUCAACAUGUUUAGAUGGUAUAGGAGAUUAUAGAUGUAUCUGUCCUCCUGGUAGAACUGGCCAUCGCUGUCAAACAGUGAUUGGUCAGUUACCAGCACCUAAAUCUUGUCUUCACCAGCGUAGAAUCUAUCAAGACAGCACCACCUGGGAACAUGAAUGUAAUUCGUGUGUCUGUAAGAAUGGAAAAGUUUCUUGCUCAAAGUUAUGGUGUGGCCCUAGAAAUUGUUUACCCCACCCUAAUAAUAGUGAACCAGUAUUUACGUGUCAGCCCGAACAGACGUGUGUGUUACAGUCGGAGGAGACAUGUUUUACCCCGCCCUGUAUUCCCUGGGGUCAUUGUAAAACUUUAGAGACUAUAAAAGACUUGACGCCCCAGGGUGUUCAAACUAAAUGCAUUCCAAAUGUAGAAUAUCUCAGUAAUAACUGUGCUAAAUUGACUCUCAUUUUUGAUAAAGCUAAAAUGCCAACGGGUGUAUCAAUAGAGAGUAUAUGUUCUACCAUUCGUCAAUUAUCAAUCGUAAAAAAACUCUCCAAUCAAAAUCAAAUGUAUAUAUUAUGUGGUAUUAAAGUUAAUCAUUUAGAUGCUGUAGAGGUCACUUUAUCUACGGUAGAUGAUAGUAGAUCUAGAAGUUAUACCAGUCCAUCAUUAAAAACGGCUAUAGAUAAUGUUGCUGAUAUCAUUAGUCAUAAACAGAGUAAUAGUAGUGCUCUAGCCGCUGUUAUAGAAAUACGUGUUGAAACUACCGUAGUUAGUAAAGCUUCUUCAGGUUUCAUAAUUCCAUUAGUGUGUUCCAUCAUCAUCUUACUUGGAAUCGUCAGCAUAAUACUCCUAAUCUGGUGGCAUUAUAAACGUAAGAAAAAACUACGUCUGCGUCGCGAUAGUUAUCUAACAGACAAUCGUACAAAUAACGAAACAGAG